CGCUCUGCCUACCAAUAAACUGCGCUCGUGCAGUCACGUUCAUGCUGCACUGUAAACCUAUAGGCUACAGAAUGGCGAACAGAUCCAUGUCCCGUUUAGCACAGUGGUGCUCCCGAGUAUUUAUGGUGGAAAUCAACCAGAAGACGGAACCGAUUUAUUUCGCUUUGAGCUCAAAACCAGGUGCUCGUAACAGCGAGCUGGAGGCGCUCCUCGGGAGCGGGAAGCUCUUUUCUGUGUGCGCGCUUUGCGAUGGCAGAGUUCAGAGCGCGCGCUCUCACGCGCACCUUAAAACCGCUCUGACUGAAAAGCUGGCGCCAGGAUGCGACCUUUUCGACACGGCUUCCUUCCUCCCCGACGUCAACAACUCGCUCAUAAGGGGGUUCUUCCUGCGGGAUAACUCUGCUCUGUCCUCUGCGGAGCGAGUUGUAACCCAGCUCCAGCAGAAGGGUUCAGUAUGUGUGUUCAGGUACACGCGCGAGGAAAACGGAGACUACCUGUGCUCAGCUGUGACUCACGAGCCUGCCGAGCGCGAGCGGAGCUAUUACGUCACACCUGCUCCCGCGCCUCAGCAUCAUCCCUCAACCCUCAACAUUACAAACUCAGACGUGUUCUAUCAACUGGCAGAAGCUUACAAAGUGCUUCAAGAGUGUAGUGACAUCAUACCAGAAUCCAAAGCAGUGUUGGAGCUGGUGGAGGAGCAGCAAUUGGAGUCAAACAGCAGUCAUGAUAAAAGGUUUCCAGUCAUUGUGAUAGAGGGACUGGAUGCUACAGGUAAAACUACUCUGACCUGCAGCCUGCAAAAGGCCUUGGGUGCAGUUCUGCUAAAAUCUCCUCCUGAAUGCCUAGCCCAAUUCAGACAACGCUUUGACGCAGAGCCACCGCUUAUUCGCAGGGCAUUCUAUGCCCUUGGGAACUACAUCACUGCAGCACAGAUAGCCAGAGAGUCAUCACAUGCACCUGUGAUUGUAGACAGGUACUGGCACAGCACUGCAGCAUAUGCGAUAGCCACUGCAGUGAGCGGGCGAGAGGAGAACCUCCCAGCUGUUGGCUCAGAGAUCUAUGAGUGGCCCUCUGACCUGCUGAGGCCCAGCCUGGUCCUGCUGCUCAGCGUCAGUCCUGAGGAGAGGCUGCGCAGACUCACACACAGAGGCCUCGACAAGACAGAGGAGGAAAGCCAGCUGGAGAUCAAUCACCUGUUCCGUCGCAAAGUGGAUGAAGCCUACAAGAGAAUCCAGAAUCCUGCCUGUAUGGUUGUGGAUGCCAGUCCUAGCCCAGAUCAUGUGCUCCAACAAGUGCUGUGUUUAAUUAGAAACAAAUGCAACUUGUAAACCCCAGUCCACUAGUGAGUUUCCUAGAGGCUGCAAUACCUCAUAUCUCCACUAGAUGUUAGUAUAAUCAUAACCUUUCCCUAGACAAAUAGUUCCUCCUCCCCCACUGAAAAAGUCCCAGGUCUUAGACUGCAUUGGCUGCACCGGAGGUUGAUGGCUGAUGGCCAGCAGGCAUCAAAAUCCUGUAUCCUGACAUGUCACAACCUGUUCACUUCCCACAGAGUAACACUGAUGACACGAGAGAGAAAGUUAUUAUGAAUGCUGGGACGGGAUGUCAACUCCCAUAUACAGGGUUAUAGCCUUGCAUGUUCCAUACGCUCUAUGUUAUGUUUUUCCCCUCACACUGGAGCGUAGGAACUGAACCGAAGGGCUCAGUGAAUUCAUCAAUCACUUCAAUUAGAUUUCUGCACAAGGGCCCAUUGUUGGUCAGUUCAGCAUUCACUCCUCUGAGAGCUCAGAGAGCACGCCACAUUAAGAGCUAUCAGGGCCUUGUGGGCCAGGAAAUUCCUCCAGUUGUAGGUGUUUCUGAGCAUUAAUAAAGAGCAGUCCCGUAGGAAAGUUAUUUUAUUUCCCCCUGCUGUUUAGUGUGGGACAUACUUUCCACUCAGCUUUUAAAAGCAAAAUGUGAUUUUGAGAUUACUGUCCAGUGGUGUUAUAUACAAUACGUGCUUUCUAGACUUGUUCAGGUUAAGUUAUAUAUUUACUGGUUAGUUUACAAAUAUUGGAAGAUUCUUCACCAUGGACAUGAUGUACACAUUAUCAUUUAACAGUGCACAAAGAAGUAAACAGUUUAGCAUCCUUGGCUGACUGAAAUAUUUGUCAGUAAUAGCAUUUAUUUCUGCCUUCCUGUAUUUCCUCAUUUGUUCAUUUGCAAUGCAAUGCAGUUACAUCAAAAUAUUUAAUACGAGUGCAAUCUGAUAUCUGUAAAGAUUAUUCUAAGAAAGUGCAAUGUAAACUCUGAAGACUUGUUCUCACCACAAUAAAGCAUUUAAUAUGA